AUGUGCCGUCUUCGCGACCCAGCGAAAUAUAUAUUGAAAGCAAAACAUGGGUGGGCAGGUCACAUUAUGAGAAGAAUCGACGAUAGAUGGACUAAAAGAACGGUGGAGUGGAUCCCAAAAGAUGCUAAACGCCCUCGAGGGAGACGAGAUGGUUAUGUGUUCGCUACACGGGUGGACCAGCUGAGAGCUCAGCUGGAUACGGCUCAAGGACCUCGUCAACGUCACUCACGAAACUUGAGAACAUCUUGGAUGACAAUGGCGAGGGAAUGA